AGAGAGAGAGAGGAUAGCUGAUAUAACAAUUUCCAACCUCCUCCUCCAACUUUACUUUCCUUUGCAUCCAAGUCCCCCCAAUUUUGGUCUCUUUUUCUUCUGCCCUCCACACCCUUCAAAACACUCUCUCUCUCUCACUCCUCUUCCUUUUCUCUCUCUCUCUCUCCUACCACAUAAACAUAUGAAAAAAGAGAGAAUAGGGGUACCUGCAAGAUCUACGAGUGGCAGAGGAGAAUGGGUUCUGUGGGAAACUCAAAUCAAUGGCAGCCAUAUGCAUACAGGGACUGUUCUUUAGAGAUUUGCAGCAUAUAUUGCCCUCAGUGGUGUUACAUCAUCUUCCCACCACCUCCACCUUUUGGCUAUGGAGCCAAUAGCGAUUCUGGCACUGAUUUCUCCCCUCUUAUCAUAGCCAUCAUUGGAAUCUUGGCCAGCGCCUUCAUUUUGGUAAGCUACUACACCAUCAUCUCCAAGUAUUGCAGGAACAGAGCUACCACCUCCAACUCCAACAUGGAAAUGGAUGAUGAAGAAAAUCUUUCUCAAAUCCGCCAUGAAAACCAGCUCCAAGCUCCUCCUCCUCCGGCAGGCCUGGAUGAGGCUCUCAUCAACUCCAUCACAGUCUGCAAGUACAAAAGAGGAGAUGGGUUAGUUGAAGGCACAGAUUGCUCAGUUUGUUUGAGUGAGUUUGAAGAAAAUGAGAGCUUAAGGCUUCUGCCAAAGUGCAGCCAUGCCUUUCAUCUUCCUUGUAUUGACACAUGGCUCAAAUCUCACUCAACUUGCCCUCUCUGCCGCUCCAACAUCUCACCCAUCAAUCUUUUCCCACCCCCAACUCAGGAAAUUCAAAGAACAGAACAUUUAAAUUCAUAUAAUUUUCAGUAUCAGCACAGAAGCAAUGACACAGUAGUUGUUGUGGUGGUUCAAGAUUUGCCGGAUUUAACAGUCAGCAGCCAAGAAACUGCUGUUUUGGGGCUUGAAAAUGAUGGUGUUUCUUCCAAGAAUCAAAGGCAAAGUUUUGUAUCAGAUAAUCAAGAUUCAGAGCCGAGAGACAUCAUGAUUCAUCAAACAAGACAAGAUGAUGCUGUUCAGCCAUUUAGAAGGUCAGUUUCCUUGAAUUCUUUAUCAUGGCAAGGGCAGGUUUCUGUUGCUGAUAUACUGAGAGCCAGUCAAGAUAGCGAGGAAGAGGUAGAAGAAGAUGAAUUACAAAUGGGGAUUGGAUCUUCAAAAGCAUUUGUUCAAGAGGAUUGCCAUUCCAGAGUUUCCAACUUGGAAAUGCAUAGAUCUAUCUCAACUGGGAAGCUGGGUUUUACAAAUUAUGGGAAUUGGAAAGGGAAGAGUUGCAUCAUUCCCGAUUGAAAGUAGAUUCACAAACUGUACAAAAUUUGAAAAAAGAAAUCACUCUUAUUUUUGUAAUAUAUUGGUGAAAUCACAGAAGAAUCCCAGAUUUAUACCAGAUUAGCAAACAAAAUGAACUAAAUUUGAACAUACAUUUCACAAUUUACAAGCCUCUUCAAAGAAGUUACUCAUGGAUCAUAUUCUGUAAAAGCUUUAGUAAAGAAUUCCUCUUUUCUUUUCUGUUCU